AUCUGCUCCUUUGCUCCCACCUCCAUUAUAGGGCAGGACAGGCGCAGCAUUUGCACCGAGAGAGGCGAUGGGAGGGGAGGAGAAGGGAAAGGGGAGAGAGCGAGUGAGAGAGAGAGAACUAGAUCAGAACGGUUGAGCGAGAGAGAGGAGGCGAGGAGGCUGCAGAUGUCGACGGCGUCAACAAUGGAGCCGCAUAGGACGAGCUGAGGUGAUCGUCUGCCAGGCGUCGGCUGAGGGUGAAGAUCCUCCAGGUUGAGCAGGGUGGGUGGGGGGGCUCAGGGUGAGGAGGAGGCGGAGGAGGAGGGGGGCAGCAGGAGAAUGGGCCUGGAACGCGAACGGCACAAAUUGGAUUAAAGCAGUAUGCUGGACAAGAGCGAGGUGACAACUCUCAGCCUCCCCUCCACUGCCAGCCAUGGAGGCUCUGACAGCAACAUCAGCGCAGACGGCGCGGCGGGGUCAGCGUCCGGCGGUGUGGCGUUCGGCGCCGAGGGUGGCGCGGGCGGGGCAGGGUGCGGCGAGCCCCAGCGGACGCGGGCCGCUCUGGAGCACCUCCAGCAGAAGAUCCUGAAGGUGACCGAGCAGAUCCGGGUGGAGCAGGAGGCCCGCGACGACAACGUGGCCGAGUACCUGAAGUUGGCCCACAACGCCGACAAGCAGCAGGCCUCCAGGAUCAAGCAGGUGUUUGAGAAGAAGAACCAAAAGUCUGCACAGACCAUCGCACACCUGCACAAGAAGCUCGAGCACUAUCACAAGAAGCUAAAGGAGAUCGAGCAGAACGGACCGGCCCGGCAGCCCAAGGACGUCCUGCGGGACAUGCAGCAAGGACUGAAGGACGUGGGGGCCAACGUCCGUGCGGGGAUCAGCGGUUUCGGCGGUGGCGUAGUGGAAGGGGUCAAAGGUGGAGUAUCGGCCCUCACUCACACCGCCGUGGUCUCCAAGCCCAGAGAGUUUGCCAGCCUCAUCAGGAACAAGUUCGGCAGCGCGGACAAUAUCGCCCACUUCAAGGACACGCUGGAGGACGGAGUCGGGGGCCACUCCGACGACACCCCUACCCCCCGCGCCCUCAGCGGAAGCGCCACUCUGGUGUCCAGCCCGAAGUACGGCAGCGACGACGAGUGCUCCAGCGCAACGUCCGGCUCGGCCCCGGGCAGCAACUCGGGUGGGGCGGGGGGAGGAGGUGGAGGGGCCAUGUUAGGGCCCGCGAUGGGGAGUCCCAGACUGGACGGGCAUCACCACCACCACCAUCACGUGCACAGCUCGUGGGACUCUCUGCUGGAGGGCUUGCAGGAAAUGAAAGCCGGCCAGGCGCACAUGGAGGACACCAUCGAGGACAUGAAGGGCCAACUGCAGAGCGACUACUCCUACAUGACACAGUGCCUGCAAGAGGAGAGAUACAGGUACGAACGACUGGAAGAGCAGCUGAGUGACCUGACGGAGCUUCAUCAGAACGAAAUGAGCAAUCUCAAACAGGAACUGGCCAGCAUGGAGGAGAAAGUGGCCUACCAGUCCUACGAGAGAGCAAGAGACAUUCAGGAGGCGGUGGAGUCGUGCCUGACGCGCAUCACCAAGCUGGAGCUGCAGCAGCAGCAGCAGCAGGUGGUCCAGCUGGAGGGCGUGGAGAACGCCAACGCCCGCGCGCUGCUGGGCAAGCUCAUCAACGUCAUCCUGGCGCUCAUGGCCGUGCUGCUGGUGUUCGUGUCCACGCUGGCUAACUUCAUCACGCCGCUGAUGAAGACGCGGGCGCGGGUGGGCGCCACCGUCCUGCUCACCGUGAUGCUCUUUGUUUUGUGGAAGCACUGGGACUUUGUGGAGCUUUGGCUUCUGCCCAGCUGAGCUGCCCCAGAGAGGAAGCAGAGCAGAGAGUUCACUCGGUCGUGCCCUCCUCAAAUGUACCCUUUGGACACCUUUGUGGUAUUUUCUUCUGCUUCUUUUGAAGAAAGAAAAACUAAAAUCUCCCAAACAACUUCAGACUUGUACCAACUACCAAACAAGGAAUCAUUUUAGGGGAUAUUUGCUGCCUACUGUCCAUUUCCUUUCUUUUUUUUCCCCACAGCAUUUACUAUAAAUGAGUAAAUGAGUGUAACUCCAUUUCUUUGUGUCAUUUUUCAGUUAAGUGCAUAAAUUAAGAGAAAAGUCAUAUCAUUGAGAUUAAUACUGGUGUAAAUCAAGAUGUAGUUCAUAUUUCGACUUAUAGGGGCCAGCCCAUUAUUGCAAUCAGCACUUUUUUUUAAUGCUCUGCCUCCAGUGCAUCUGCAUGUUAGUAUAAGUGAAUGUUAUUCUUCAUCUAUUAUUAAAUACUGAUAGAUUUGACAGAUGAUUGGUUUUAGACCACUAUUGCACUAAACUUUUAUUGGCAGCAAUCAUUGUCCUGCAAAUUGACAAAAACUGAGCGAGCCCACUCUAGUUCUCAGUGGCUAAAAUAGUAUUUGACACGGCCUGCUGUGAUGUUUGUAAACAAAGGCAAGGGGUUGGGGGGACGGAGUGAAAAGUUUGGGUGUGGAAAAAGUGGAAGGGUUGCUGUACCCAUGACAAUAUAAAGAAAUAAAUAGCAGGCCGUUUUACCACAAAACCUUCAGGGAUCUCCUAGAAAGCUGAAAAAUGUAAUAAUAAAGUCGGGAAAAGCCUGAAAAACCGCAAAGUAGGAUUGUACAGGCAAGUACAAAGCCUGAGUCAACUCAUCUCUUUGUUCGGCAUGCAGGGAAACCUUCUCUCGGCCGCAUCAACAUGAAACCGCAUCUGUACUCCCUCUCGCCCAGACAUUGCCACAAAGGUGUCCAGAAUGCAUCAAUAGAGCAUCAAAGAGAUGUCAUGACAAAAAAAGCAUAUUUCAUUGCCACGCACAAGCUGUAACAGCUAAAACGGUCGCCAAAUCUGAACAAAACAAGCAAAAUGUACCAAAAAUGCCAGAGGAGGGCACAAAGGUGUAAGGCCUGCAACACAACGGGAGCUGCUCUUCUUUCCUCGGGACCGACUCGACGAAACACACACAAAGACGAACAAAAUAACAUUUUUGCCGAGCAUCGACAUCUCCGACCUGCUCUUUUGGUGUGGAUGAACAAUCAUCGAUUUACACUGCUGUCACCAAAAACAUCCUUUUUCUCCCCUCCCGAAGCUUCUUUUUGGAUGUUACUACUACAGUACAACGAAUUAGCAGGACAGGACUCAUGAAGGCUGACCUUCACGUUGAAGGAAAUGGAGGAUUUUUUGUUUUGUUUUUCUUUCUCAUGAAUGUUUCUGUGCUCAUCAUGCAUGUCCUCAUGUGUGCACUGGCACCUGUUGACGUUUCAAUUGAUGGCAAUAUGGAUUUUGCUCGAUGCUCACUAGACACUUCAUUAGGUGCACCUGCACACACAAUCAAAUGCAAUCCAACACAAGAUGGAAAAUCUUACCAAUCCUGCUGUUUUCGCAAUGUCAAAGAAAUUGAAAUGACAUCUUCUAUAUUUUAUUUCAUUGAAUUCACCCAUCAGGCGAGAGUGCACACAUACAGCAUGUGGUGUUAUUUUCAUUAUUAUUAUUUUUUUAGUUUUAAGGGUAUAUGUUUUUGUAACUUGAGAGCGCAGCGUUUACCUAAUGAAAUGUCCAUUUGUCAAAUCACUGUCACUCCCAGUUUGCUGCCGUGUUGCAGGGAGGAUUUGUGGACGCAUUUCUGGCUGUAUUCCCUCCGCUGCCGUUGAACAAAACAUUUAGCAGCUAAAAUGUUUCAUCAUCCUGUAAACUAGUUUCCCUCCAUAGCUGAGAUUUCAUGACCACUGUCGUAGAUCUGCUUUCGCCCACUGUGUCAAAUGAACUGGCAUGUCAAUUUGUGUCACUGUUUAUAUCCAGUUUGCAAAAAAAAAAAUAACAAAAUAAAA